GGCCCUGCGCCCUCACCCCUGGGCUGUCCCGCGGGGCUCCCAGCAGGGGGCGCCCCGAUCCCCGGCCUGGGUCACCGGGCGCGCCUCCAGCCGGCGCCUGGGACGGGGCUGGCCGCUCCGCCCCUCGGCUCCUCCGCGGCGGGGCGGGCGGCCCGAGGGCGCCGGGAGCGCGAGGAGCAGAGCGGAGCCGAGCGCCACGCACCCCGCCGCGCCCCCUGCCCACCGCGCCCGCCGCCGUGCAGCCUUCCGCCGGCUGUAUGCUCCAGGCCUCAAUGAGGAGCCCAAACAUGGAGGCCUUCAAGCAGCAGAAGGUGGAGGACUGUUACGACAUCGGAGAGGAGCUGGGGAGCGGCCAGUUUGCCAUUGUGAAGAAGUGCCGGGAGAAGAGCACCGGGCUGGAGUACGCAGCCAAGUUCAUCAAGAAGCGGCAGAGCCGGGCCAGCCGGCGGGGCGUGUGCCGGGAGGACAUCGAGCGGGAGGUGAGCAUCCUGCGGCAGGUGCUGCAUCCCAACAUCAUCACGCUGCACGACGUCUUUGAGAACCGCACCGACGUGGUGCUCAUCCUGGAGCUAGUGUCUGGAGGAGAGCUCUUUGACUUUCUGGCCCAGAAGGAGUCGCUGAGUGAGGAGGAGGCCACCAGCUUCAUUAAGCAGAUCCUGGACGGAGUGAACUACCUUCAUGCCAAGAAAAUUGCUCACUUUGAUCUCAAGCCAGAAAACAUUAUGUUGUUAGACAAGAAUAUUCCCAUUCCACACAUCAAGCUAAUUGACUUUGGCCUUGCUCACGAAAUAGAAGAUGGAGUUGAAUUUAAGAACAUUUUUGGCACACCAGAAUUUGUCGCUCCAGAGAUUGUGAACUAUGAGCCCCUGGGCCUGGAGGCUGACAUGUGGAGCAUAGGCGUCAUCACCUACAUCCUCCUAAGUGGAGCAUCCCCUUUCCUGGGAGACACGAAGCAGGAGACACUGGCAAAUAUCACAGCGGUGAGUUACGACUUUGAUGAGGAAUUCUUCAGUCAGACCAGUGAGCUGGCCAAGGACUUCAUUCGGAAGCUUCUGGUUAAAGAGACCCGGAAGCGGCUCACAAUCCAAGAGGCUCUCCGACACCCCUGGAUCACGUCCAAAGGAGAAGCCAGAGCCCCAGAACAGCGGAAGACAGAGCCCACCCAGCUGAAGACCAAGCGCCUGAGAGAGUACACCCUCAAAUGCCACUCUAGCAUGCCUCCCAACAACACCUACGUCAACUUUGAGCGUUUUGCUCAUGUGAUGGAGGAUGUGGCUUGGGUCGACCAGGGAUGCCAUGCCCUGGCAGGGGCCCAUGACACCAUCCAGGAUGAUGUGGAAGCUUUGGUUUCCAUCUUCAAUGAGAAGGAAGCUUGGUACCGAGAGGAGAGCGAGAGUGCCCGGCAUGACCUGUCCCAGCUCAGGUACGAGUUCCGCAAAGUGGAGUCCUUGAAGAGGCUCCUGCGAAAAGACAUCCAGACCACAGGCUCCAGCCUCGGAAGCAUGGCCAGGAAACUGGACCGUCUGCAGGUGCAGUUUGAAGCUCUGAGGCAGGAGCUCUCAGCAGACCUACGGUGGCUCCAGGAGCUGGUGGGCAGCUGCCAGCUGGAGAGUGGGAGCACAGAUGGCCUGGGCUCUGUGUUCUGCCGGGACGCCAGUGAGCCCCUAGCGGAGCUGCGCAGCAGACCAGGCAGCGACAAAGUCUUGGCUGGCUUGGAGAUCUGAGGACCAGAAUCUCGUCAGCAAUGCCUCCUGGAUGGCUUGCAGAAGCAUGUUCCAACGGCCCUGCUGGGCAUCAGCUAGAGUUCUCCUGCAGGGAUGUAUGUCUGUAGCAUAGACUUCCACCCCCUUCCCAGAACCCAGAAUCACAGAGGUACUAGCGAGUUAUUCAUUCUGCACCUCCUCUCACCAACCUGGUUUUCUGGGAUGGGGGAUUGGCAGGGCAGCCAAGCUGUUAAAACAAUUGAGAAUAAACAGCCUUUCUGUAUCUUUCUCUAGAGGGAGGACAGCUGGCUCUGGGGAAAUGCUUGAUAACUGAUGUGUGAUCAUGGAUUUGUGCACAUUUCACUUCCCACCUAUAUGCCUUGGGGGUGGCAGAUCUUGGGUAAUAUUGAGCUAACUGGGGGUAAUAGUAAGUCAGCUUGGUGCUUUCCUGCUUCAGAAGGAGGAAUUUUAAAUGCACAGAGAAAAUAUUACUUCUCAUUUGCAUUGACAUCACUUAUCAAGCACUUACAUCUUUGAUCCUUAGGUCUUUGAUCCCUAAAAUAACUUUGCAAGACAGGAAAGUCGGUGGCAUUAUGAUUGCUGUUACUAUUAUUUUCAUUUAUCUGAUAAGGAAAUUAACUCAAAGAAGGAAAAUGAUUUUCUCAGGGUCAUUCAUAGCUGGUUGAUACAGAUGAGACAGAAACUCGGGAUGCCUGACUCUAAGAUGAGGUAUAUGGGAAGAAAUUGCGAGACUUUGAUGUAAAUAUCCAUCUUAAUAUUAAAGUUCAGACCCCAGCGGUAAAAUAAGCAACUUCACGUAUUCUGCCAGGUAUGGAUGGAAUGCUUCCUACCUUCAGAUGAUGGAGGAGUAUGUCCUAGAGGGCGCAGUCAUGGCUCCUGUCCAGCCUGAGCCUGUCUGAAGCCCAGCCCACAGGGUGAGAAGGGCAGCAUCUCACCCUUCUCCAGCUGUCUCCCUCUGGCUAAGGGCCUCAACCUUGUGUUGGGAAUGAAUACCAAACGGGACUCAGCAAGAAGGUUCCUUUUCUUACGUAGUUAAGGCAUUGGGCCCUAAAAAGUCAGAGAAACUCCAUGAGAGUUUUUGAAGAGGGUGGACAUUAAGACUGGGAAGCACAAGGUUUAGUGGUCCCCUCUUGACCCCAAGCUUUGAGCAUACCCCCUGAGGACUGUGUGGUCUUAUCACCCUUUUCCCAGAGGAGUACCCGUCAUCCGGCUCAUAGAGACAGAGCCUGAGUGUGGGCCCAGAACUGGGCUAGAAGCUUGGGGGUUGGGGAAAAGAUGUAUCAUUCCCAAAUGUCUUAAUAGACUCACAACCUACCCUUGUCAGAGAAGCAGAGUAAAUGCUAUUCCCAGUUUGGAGAUGAGGAAACAGAGAGGAUGUGAUUUGCCCAAGGGCAUAAUUGUGGCAAAAGUGGAGGUAUCCUGAGACGUCUGUUGCCUUCCUGCUUCCCCUAACUGCCCAGGCUUCAGGAGUUUUCUCUCUGCUUCCUAGGCAGGUGAUAUGUAGAUUCAACCAUCCACCCAUUCUCAAAUAGUUUCUGAGCACCUAGCAACUGCCAGGUACUUGGUUUGGCCCUGGAGAUACAAAGCUAAGAGAAAACAGGCAUGUUUCCUGCCUUAACAAAGUCUGCAGUCCAGUGAAGGAUUCCAACAUUAAUCAAGAACAUUCUAGAAACGUAGAACUGAAGCUGAGACAUAUGCUGGGAAUGAGAAGUAUGAAUUACUGUAAGAGCCUGCAAUGAGGGUUUGAUCUAAUCAGGGAAGGCAUCCACGAGGUGGUGAUGCUGAGCUGAGAUCAGCUAAGCCACACCAGGGAGAAAGAAUUGUUCCCUACAGAGCCCUCACGCCAUGGCUCUGUGGUGGGAGGGGGCAUGGGAGGCUGAAAUUACAUAGAUAGAAAGAAAGCUGGAGGGGAGAGAAUAAAAGGAUUGUGUACAUGUGACUGGAGAGGAUGCAGGACCGGCAAGGCUUUGCCAUAUCAAAGACCUCUGCCUUUAUCCCAAGAGUCAUGGGGAGCCAUGAUGGAUGCCAGGCUAGUCAAUGGCCUGAUGUGCUGGGGGGAAACGCCUAGUGAGCAGCACAGAUGGGAAGUGGUUUAGGACGAGACAUGAGAUUUUAAUCUCAUGAAAGCAUUUCCUUAAAAGUCUACCUCCUUUUCUAUUAGCAUGCUGGAUCAUUUCAAAUAUAUAUAAUAUUGUAACAAACUUUUUUCAUCAAAUAGAAGAAACCGUAUUUUCAUCAAAUAUAAGACACAUCAUUAUUUUAUGUACCAAAAAUAAGAAAGAUAAAAAGCCCAAGAUGGGAAGUCCAAUAGGCGACCCCCCCCCCCACACACACACACAAAGGGGAACACCUGUACUAAGAGGGUAAGUGACAAGGCCACCGUGAGAAAGGAAAAGCAAGAGAAUGUGAGUCCCAACCUUUUCCCUUGGGGCAGGAUGACAAACCCUCCUUUAAGAAUAGGCGCUCCGGGUGGUGGUCCUCAUGCUUUGCGAAUUUGCACAAUCGUGUGAUCCAAAAGGACCUCAAGCAGAGACUCUAGGUCAGACAGCCUGAGGCUGGUGGCCCCAAUGGCUGGCGGAAGUAGACUGAACACCUGCCUUCACUUUAGACCGACAGUUAUAAUAAGAUGCCAUUGAUUGGGAGACAAGUCCUGAUUUCAGAGAUCCAAAAAUGUGCAUCUUGGAAUCAACAGAAGAUGGCAAAGCUGUUCCUAUGCCCUGCCUGGGAGAAUUGGGACAAAUGACCCAUCUGCCAUCUCUCCAAGGAUGCCCUGUCCCAGGAUGUGAUGUAUUCAUUUGGCAUAAGACACUGUUCCUAUUAAAGGGUCCUUUGGCCAUGUCAACACACCUUGACCUCACACAGCCAGGUUUCCUAAGGAAAGGAAGCCCUGACUGAGCAACUCGGGGGCAACUUUCUUGUGGGCGUCGAAAUAAAAUGCAAUAGAAGAGAAAGACGUUGAUGAUGAUUUGAAUUAGGGAGACUGGGAAGAGGGAGGGAUACGUUUCUUUUAGAAUUGUGGCAGCAGCCACAGGCUCUCCAGGCAGGGAGGUCCUCAGAGGUGAACCACCAGACACCCUUGCAGCACUUUACAGGGCAGGACUUGUCUGAAGUUCACCCAGCUAGUCAGAACCAUAGGAGGUUUUCCUCACAGGCGUGGACUUGUCCUCUUUAUGUUCAAGUCCAGUCAUUGGUAACGAUUUGUCACUUAGACACUUUAUAAACAGAUCCUUUUCUGUACUAAGAACUUCCAAGGACAAAUAGCAGUGAACUGAGAAAUGCCCCCCAAGUGUUUCAGGGAAACCAGAGAAGACUGUAACCUUCCCCAUCACCUGGCCAGUCCAACAUGCAUCACCCUUUGGCUUCAGAACCCAAGGAGACCCAGCCAGGGGGCCUACUGAACUUCUCCCCACACGCCCACAGCUGGAAUUUUAGCAACGGGGUCAAGGGCAGGGUGGGGCUCAUGGUCCCUAGGCAUUUGUACUUAGACGGAGAAAGGCCUGGGGCACUGCUCUGUGGGCAGACCCAGCUGCCGUCAGAUUUUUCAUUCACUAGGCUGUUAAUGAAAGAUCGGCCGCUGUGCUCUGUGCAAAUGCCAUUCUGGACUCUUGGGGCGGGGAGGGUGAGUAUGUGACAUCUUCCUGAAUAAUGGUGCCCAGGGAAGCUGGAAUUGGCUCCUGGGGAAGGCGGCAGCCUAUCCCUGCUCUGAAGGGCAUGCACAUGGCACACAAAGGGGGGUACCACUGAUUCUGCGAUGCAGGCGGCUGGCCUUGAAGGGGUGUGAGGAAUAACAAUGACAGGAGAAGCCAGAGUCUCCUCCAUGCACCCGCUCCCAGCACUGCCCACGCUCCCCUACAGGUGAUUAUGGACAGGGAGGCUUCCCACCUCACUCCAUCACAUGGUGCAGUCGGCCCCUUGGGAGGUGGCUUUGUGCCCCGAUGCCAUCCCCGCUGCAAAUGUCUGUGGAACUGAAUGGCCUUUUCUCCUUUGUCUGUGGAACUCUUGGCCUGUGGAGAAGGCUCUGCCCUGGAGCCGGACCCAGCAGUGGGCAUAUCUGAGGAGCAGAAGGGGCCAGUUCAGUGGAACAAACACUGAUUGUGCUCGGCUCUGGAGGGAGGUGACAGAUACGGACAAGACAACUCCUGAGUAAAAGACUCCAUUUCUGGGAUAAAUGGGGACCUAACCCACUGAGAGACAUGAGAGGCCGUGGUGAUAAAAUAGAGGUACCCAAUAUUCCAGAAAACAGGAGAGAGAUGAAUUCUGAUUGAGAAAAGUUGAGAGGGGAGGCCAAGGGCAGAAACAUUCUAAACACCCUCCCCUCCCCCACCCCAAACUGUAGCCUUGGAGAGCGGCCAAGUGGAAUUCAGAGGGCUGGGGAUAAACCCAGAUUGGGGCCAGGACCCUGGACUGGGAAGUGGAAAUUAAAGAGAAGAUUACAGAGAUUAAAAAGCGAGUUUUUGUUUUUAACUUUUUGUUAUGGGAAUUUUUCAAAACCUGCAAAAAGUAUUGAGAAUGGUGUAGUGAAUUCUAUGUACCUAUUACCCAGCUUCAACAGUGAGCAAGUUGUGGCCAGUUCUGUCUCAUUCAUUUCCACUGUUACUUUUUCUGGAGUAUUUCAAAAGCAAAUUCAGACUUAUUUAACUCACAAAUUCUUCAGCUGGAAUCUCUGAUAAAGACUUUUCCUAUUAAUAUUACUACUGUGUCAUUAUCACACCUGACAAAAUCAUGAUGAAUUCCUUAAUAUCAUCUGGAUACACAUCCUGUACUCGUGUCCCCACUUUUCUCAAGGAUGAUCUGUCAUCGUUGGUUUGUUCAGAUCAGGAUCCAAACAACGUCCACAUGUGGCAUUUGGUUGUUAUGCCUCUCUAGUCGCCUGUCUUCUGUGAAGUACAGAAGGGGGAGCUUUGGAAGCUUUUCCUGGGGACGGAAAAUGGCUCAGAAGACCGAAGGCCCUGGAGAGUGGAUUAAAAGUGAGAGUUUCCAUGCUGAGAUCUAACUGGGAAAAGUGAGACUGGAUCAGGCAAAGAAAGGGGCAUUCUUGCCUCUUCCCAUUGCCUUUGUUUGAUGUGGGGACAACCUGCAGGGACACAUGGUUUCUGCAGCUCUCCCCACCCGUUUAUAAGGAGGCAGACUCAGGCACCUGUGAGCUUCACACGCUCCUUUCGGGAGGUGAGUCUAGGUAGAGUCUAGGCUUCAGCCAGGAAACCAGCCAGCAAAAGGCAGAGGUGGAGGGGCUGCCUAUAGAGAGAUCGGGGGAGAGGGGGCUAGAGUAACAGACCUGGACAGGAGAGGGCAGUGGGCACCCAGGUGUCCCUGGUUUUCAGUGGAGGAUGGGGCUGGAGAAAUGGCACAGAUGGAGGUUUGAAAACUUGCCAUCUGUUUGCAGUUUCUAGAGGCCUGGUAUUUAAAGAAAAUCUUCCGGAGUGCCUCUUCUGAAGAGCCAGGGUUCUUUUUUAUGCCAGGAGGAUGGCUGCUGCUUCAUCCCCCUGCUCUGUGGAUGAGGGCGCUGACCUAGGUCACCCCACUGGGCUUUUUCAAAGGCAUUUGCGCCUGCAAAACAAAACCUGACUUCGGCCACAGCAUUCUGUCUUCUUGCCUCCCUGACAUUUUUCUGAGACACAAAACAUGCUCCUAGGAGCCUGGUCAAAAUUGCCCAGACUCUCUGGUAUCCCCAAGGACUACAGGCCGGAGGAAGGUGGGCACUGUCUGUUUGCAGAGAGAUGGGGGUGGCGUCAGGCAGAACAUAGCUCCAUCUCCCUCAUACUCUCAAUUUAUCAAAAGUGUUAGUGCCACGUUCCUUCCGGGAACAGAUUUCACAGCAGAAUUUACAUCUCUGAUUUUCAAGGCUUAGAUGAGAGUGUCAGCAUUUGGUGAGCUCUCUUAGCAACCAGGGAGGCUGUUGGUUAGGAAAGGCCAGGCUGAUAAAUUUAUCGCCCCGGUGGCCUCGUCAGAGUUCAUGCUGUUUUGUGUAGCAUAUAGACAGCUGGCUAGAAGGAAUUGCAUCACCUCCCAUGAAUGGCCUCUGCAAGUGAUCCCACCUGAUAUUUUAGUUGGGCCUCUCUGCUGUCACUGGCACUGCUAGACCAGUUGGAAGGUUGGAUUCUCAUAAGCAGGACUCCCCUAGCCUGCAUGUUAACCUUCCAGCCAUGGGGCUUAGGCAUCUCUCUCCUGGCAGUGGUGCCAAUCAGUAAGUGGAUAGACUCCUCCCGCCUCAUCAAACUCUCCAAAUGGAGUACAAGUGUCCCCUGCAAGGGUUAGGGCCAAAGGUGAAUUGCAGGCAUUAGUGAAGUUAGAGGUAGAAAUGUUCUGAGGAUUGGGGCUCGGGGGAGGCAGGAAAUCACGUUGGAAAGGAGACACUAGUUGCUGGGAGGUGCAGGAGAGGGGAACUAACAAACAAAAACCCCAAAUAAAUGCAGAAUAAAAUGACAGUGACACAUGCUGGGAAAAAGUAGGGCACAGGCACAGUGAGUUCUGUGGAGCAGCUGGGUGCUAUUUUAUAUAAGACUAGAGGCCCAGUGCACAAAAUUCAUGCACUGGGUGGGGGUGGUCUCUCAGCCUGGCCUGCACCCUCUCGCAGUCCAGGACUCCUUGC